AUGGUGCUUUCUCUUUUUCUCGCCGUCAUUUGUGUCUCCUCUGCGCCCCCUCCCUUAGCAUUUGCAAAGCACAAUGCCGCUCAAUUGACACCAUCGCGCAGACGCAGCAAUUCUCACAAGGCCUGGGGUCAAGGAACGAAUCCAAUUACCCAGAGAUCUUCGUACGCACAGCACAACGGAAACAUGCCGCCUUCCAAAGCUUCUGCCCCUUCCAAUCCUACUUCGAAAGAGUCGAACACGCCGGACAACCAUGCCCAUGACCGCCUUGUUUUCCUCCUCACUAGCUUCAUUGGCCUCAAUGCUACCAUCACCACAAAAAGCGGAGAGAAGUAUACUGGAAUAUUCUCUUCCUCCUCCCUUGAGCCCAACGAUUCUUCCUUCAUUCUCAAAAUGGCGCAGCGGCCAACAAAACAAGAUCAGCAACGCGCAAAUGGGACGAGCGAUGCCGUCAGCCCCUUUCUUGGCUCGGCACCGGAUCACAGCAUGUCUUUUGACGUUAAAGAUGUGGUAGAUAUCGCUGUGUCGAAUGUGUCUACCGCCGAUAUCACCGCCAAGGUGUCUAAUGGCGCUGCGGCUGCAUUCAAGACGGAUACCGAUAUCUCAGGAAACUUUGCAAUGCGCGAGCGAACCCUCAAGCGCUGGGAGCCUGCAGCGGAUACGGAGAUUGAUAUGUCCCUCGAGAGCGCAGCCGCCUCGGCCGGGUGGGAUCAAUUUGAGACCAACGAGAGACUAUUCGGCGCCACUAGCAGCUAUGACGAGAAUAUCUACACCACUCGCAUCGAUCGAUCAGACCCCGCAUACAAACGGAAGGAGGCAGAGGCCGCGCGCAUCGCUCGUGAGAUCGAAGGUACAGAGAUUGAUAAUGCGCACGUACGUGAGGAAAGAGGUACUGUACCGGUUGACGACAGUGGAUUGGAUGAGGAAGACAAAUACAGUGGUGUUCGCCGUGACGAGAAGAACUUCCCCCCUCUUGUUUCAGGUCAGCCGAAUAAAUACACUCCCCCGGCGCGCAGGCAACCCGCUGCGCAACCGACCACCACGGCCGAAGCUCCCUCCAGCCUGAAACGAGCGGAUGCCGUCUCGAAAGACACAAUCGCAGCGCCGGCCCCGGCCAAAGAGCCAGUUACCACUCAGCCAAAGUCGACUCCCCCAACCACAAAGCCCGUGGAGGCGGAACAACAACCGGUGCCUGUCAAGGCUGCUCCAUCGAUCCCCUCAGCUCCCAAACGACCUGCUGCAGACAAUGCGACUGCCAACGUCGAGGCGGAAGUCUUGGACCAUUUCCGUCAGUUUGCCAACAGUGAGAAGCUGAAGCUGCAGGAACGUCGCCGCAACCAGGCCUCCUAUGAUCGCACGGUCAAGCUUAACGAGUUGAUGAAAUUCUCCAAGAAUUUCAAGCUCGCGACACCUGUCCCCAAGGAUCUCGUGCCAAUUCUUGCCAAGGACCCCCAGAAGCAGGAGGAAAUCAUCCAAAGGGCGCAAAUCCAGGCUGAGGAAAAGCUGGCGACGAAACCAUCUCCCAGCGCCCCUGAGCAGAAGCCGACCCCUCGAGCCCCUGGAGCAGUUGCACCACCAACGCAGCCCGAUCGUUCCAUUUAUCCUCGCGGUCGCCAAGCCUUCCCCCCUACCGGUCCCCAUGCUGGACCAGGUGGACGGCCCGCUCAUCAAGGGACGCAUCCAGGUCGUCCAGGCACCGGUAUGCUCAGUCACCGUUUGGCCGAUAAUCUGCAACAACGAAAGGGAGGAGUGAUGGCUCCUGUCCCCGCACCCUUGCCUAUUCCAGAUGCUCGCGUCCCUCCCAGUGGCACUGCGGGCGAUCAGUCAGUUGUUUCGAGCCCGAACAAGACGCACACCCCCAUGUCGGCGGCCUCGACCAAGUUCAAUGUGCGAGCCAUGGAAUUCAAGCCAAACCCUGCCGCCAGCACUUUUACCCCGGGCGCCUCCUCCAGCUCUUCGCCGUUCGUCAGAGGCCGCUCUGUCUCUCGCGUCACGAGCCCAUCGAUCUUCUUUGGCGCAAAGAAGCCCCGACCUAUCUCUGAGCGACCAUCAAUUCAAGACCAAUUCAACCCCAUUAAGCGUAUGAAGAAGGAGAGUGCAGAGCAAUCCGAUAAGAGCUAUAACUUCAAUGGAGGCAUUCCUCCGGCUUACAAGACCCUGCCCACAUGGGAUGUUUCACCGGCCAACGAGGAGAAGACCUAUUUGCAGAUGUUCAAACAACCUGCGGGCAUGCCAUCGAUUUCCCCGCAAAGCCGUUCGGCUUCCAACCCUCAGGCUCCGCACCAGGCCCAGAUACCGUUCCAGUUCCAGCAAACGGCCCCAGGAAUGCCUCCAGCCUCUGGUCCUCCCCAUGGCCCCCAUAAUCUGCAUCCGCAGCAGCAGCAUCACGGUGCAGGUCCCGGCCAUUUCGAUGACCAUCACCGUAUGCAGAUGUCUGCGUCCACCUCACAAGUCUUCCCCUCUCCGAGAAUGCAGCACGGCUACCCGUCGCCUAUGGCCCCGCAUGCCCAGCUUGCGUUCGGGCAGCCUGUGCCACAAUUCUAUGUCAACCAGGGAGGUCCGCAACCCACUCACAUGAGGCAUUUCCCUGGUGCACCGCAGUUUGUCAAUCCUCAGACUGGAAUGGGUGCUCCCAUGAUGGUCCAGCAACCUUCCAGUGGCCCUUACAUGAGUGGCCCCCAAAGCAUGACCCCUUACACUCCUCAGAUGCAGAUGUAUUCCCCAAACCCUGGUCAUGCAUACCCGCAACACGCUCCUCCACAGCCACAUAGCGGGUAUCCUAGCCCUAGUCGCGGCGCCCCAAUGAUGAUGCAUCAAAAUUCUCAGCCAGGCCAGCCACCCCAGCCCGUGAUGUUCAUGUCCCCGGGACAGCAUGGUCAACCAGUAUACGCUGGCCAACAGCCGGGUCACAUGCCUCCCGUGCGCGGAAAUUAUCCCCAGCAGCAACCGCAUUUCCAGUCCAGCCCUCACCAGUCCCAGCAUUAUCCGCCUCACCAGCAUCGAAACCCAAGCAACGGCUUCAACCAGAUGCCUCAGAUGCCGCCUCAAAUGCCAUCCCAACCUCCUUCAGCUGUGCCUUCUAACACCCAAGCAUCCGAGGCCGCAGAUGAAGUGAAAUGA